AAAUAUAUUUAUAAACAAAGAUGGUUCCCUAACGUGCAGGGAUUACAUGAUGUGAAGAAUUAGUUUGCGUGUUGCAAAGGUUCCAACUCAUAACAGCAUGACGAUGUUGCGACCACUGUGUCAUGAGGCACAGUUGUUGUUGCAGCAGGCUCUGAGAUCUCAGCUUCGAGUUGGAGUGGGACUUCAGCAGAGAAAGGUUUCUCACCACUUGUGUAGAGAUUGUCAGCGACAGUUCAGCACCACACGCAAAUAUAUCAAGAAAAUCCAGGGUACCUGGUCCCAGACUCUUGCCAACCUUGAACGCCAGCUGAGCUCGAGCACAGGGAGCCAGGAUGGACAAUCCGAACCUGGAUCUCCUCAGCCCAAGAUGGCUGCCCCUGCUGCUAGAGCCCAAAGCCCACUUUCUAGUCCAAAGGCUCCAGAUGCGUCCUCCAACACCUCGGUGGAUACAAAGUCAUCACAACCACAGAAGGUUUUAAAAGUUACCCCUCGAGCAAGAAAGAAGUCAAUAGACUACAGCUAUACAGGCAAUAUAUACAUUCUACCUGUCAGGGCUAUGAAUGAAUACCUCCUCAAACCAAGCGAUCUCGAUGAGCUGCCAAAGUACUCACGGCGGAGUCCAUAUGAGACAGGACCAAAGAUAGUUGUGUAUCUGCGCUCAGACGUUGAAGAUUUAGCCGCGAGAGUGUGGGGCAGCCUGGAAAAACUCAACAAGGAGAAACAAAAGCUGAUGGACGGAAACCGAUAUGAUGUGUUUGAGAUUCGGGGCCUCAUUGACCAGCACAAACUACGAGUAUCGGCCAUGACAGAAGAUCGUCCACCCACUGACAAAAAUUACACAGUUAGGGAAAUAUUUUUGGAGAGUGGUACAGGAAGAGUUGUCAUGUCAGCAAUUUUUGUUAAUGCUUUGAACAGCCUGAUAAAAUUUGUAGCAUGGAUCUUCACAGGCUCACACAGUAUGUUCUCAGAAGUCAUUCACUCAAUGGCUGACACUGUCAACCAGGUUAUCCUGGCAUUUGGGUUGUACCACUCCAUGCAGAAGCCUGACUCUGACCACCCAUAUGGGUUUGUCAAUCUGAGACACAUCUCUUCCCUGAUCAGCGGUGUGGGUAUCUUCUGUCUGGGUUCAGGCCUGUCCUGUUACCAUGGUAUCCAGGGUUUCCUCCAUCCAGAACAACUUGGCUCUAUGUACUGGGCUGUUGGGACUCUAGCAGCUGCCUUCGUCUCAGAAGGAGCCACACUGCUUGUGGCUGUGAACCAGGUGAGGAAGAAGAGUCCAGCUAAGAACAUGAGAUUCUGGCAGUAUGUGCAGGGUGGGUUUGAUCCGAAUGUAAACGUUGUGCUACUGGAGGAUCUGGCUGCUGUGGUCGGGUCGGCUAGCGGCGCAUGUAUGGGCAUCACACACUACACCGGUAACCCCUUCGCUGACUCCCUCGGCUCCAUGUUGAUAGGCGGCCUUCUUGGGGUGGUUGCUACAUUUAUUAUCACCACAAACACAGAAGCACUGGUUGGCAGGUCCAUCCCACAUACACUGAAACAACAGAUUAGCCAGGACCUGGAGAGUGACCGUAUGAUUAGGUCACUUCAUGAUGUGAAGGCCACUGAUAUGGCCGGCAUGGUGAGGUUCAAGGCCGAGGUGGACUUCGACGGAAGGGAGAUAACUCGUGCAUACCUUUACAAGCUGGACUUGGAACAGCUACUUGCAGAGAUGCGUGAGCUGCAGAAGGUGGAGGACGUAGAGGGCUUCAUGUUGAACCACGGAGAGAAGAUCAUCGACCUCCUGGGGGAGGAGGUCGACAGGAUUGAAAAGAAACUCAAGAAAACCCACCCCCAGCUGAGGCAUGUGGACCUGGAGGCCUUAUGAGACCAAGGGGAGAUAACCUAGUCAAGAGUUAUUCAGCAAGAGGACUAGUGCAAUCUUAGACAUCCCAUUCCACAGAGCAUCAACCCAGUGCCACAUGUUGUACAUGGAGCCUGCUUCUGAUGCUUAUAUAAUGGCACCACAUAGAUUCCAGAUAGGCACAUGCACCUCAAGCCCACCACAGACAGAGCAUGGGAUUGAUUCAUAGUGAAGAGGUAGUUUUGGUCAUGUUUUUGUCACAUGACAAAAUACUAUCUGUCUUGAAUCUUGACACUAAGUUAUUUGUUAAAUUCUGGAAAACAAAAUUCUUGAAGUUAAAUAUUCUUGUUGCCUGUCCCAGUAAAUUCCAUGAAGCAUAUGAUAAGCUGUUUGUCUGAUGUGUUAUUCUGCUUAAUGUACAGGGAUGUUGUGUUUGACCCUGAUUCUAUCAACAAUGCAAGGCUGAAUUAGGUAGUGGAAUAAACGGAGUGCACCCAGUGAACUGAUGAGAGAUACACAUUGGUGGAGAAGCUUUCUCUGAUGAAAUAUUUCUGCACAAUAUUCUUUAACAUAUCCUGACUUCUUCAUUUUUACUUUCUCAACAGCACCGUUUCUCUUGAGAACUCAGUGUUUUAAGAUCAACAGUCUUGUGCCAAGGGAUAGUUAGGGGAGAUAACUCCUGACAAGCAAAUACCAACAGACUUCACAUGAUAAUUAUUUAUAUCACGACGGCUGUUCCACAAUGUGUAAUAUUUGCCUAUAUCAUACCAGGACCCUGUUCCACUUAGUGAUCUUAGUGUCAUGAUCACUGUAAGUCUUUGCAAUAUGGGAGUUCCAAUCACCUCAGCGCUAAUAUUGCUUUGUGGAACAUAGCCCAGGGUGCUAAGACUUGAUGCCACAAUUGUUGUGAUGCAAACAUGUCUGUGUUAGUCUUGUUCCUGAAUUUAUUUCCUUUCUGGAUUCACAAGGUGACGGAGAAAAGAAAGAACACAGCAAUAUGCUUGUGUUGUGUCAUCCAUGUAUAUACAUCAUGUUAUAUCAUGGUACAAUCCCUGAACCCAGCUUGGCUGUGUUUUGUAACAUCACCAGCUCUAUUGCUAUUAUUGAUUACUUCUCCCACAUGUUGUUGCUUUGUGGUUGAAGUCAUGCCAAUGCGACAUUAAAUCAAAAUGUCUCUCUCACAUGAUUUGUAAUUUCACUGAAUGGCUGCUUUUAGUAUGGUUAAGUCUGAACAAAGCUAUGGUAGUGAAUAGGAUGAAUGAUCACUGCAUCAGUGAGGAUGGUGCUGCAUGUGUAGAUUGGAAUAUGUGGAGGUCAGUUGCAAGAUGUGUCAGUCACAGCUUAUUAGAUUUAAAGAAAAACAGUUAGGCCAGACCAAGUUUAUUUCUUUUUUUUACGGAUUUUUGUCCUCAGAAAACCUAAAGACAGGAGGAAAAAAAUAAAAUAAAUUAAUCACCAGUCAAAGUAAUAUUCCUUCUCAGUGCUAACAGUAUUUUACUUUCGGCAAUUUAUGAAGUGUAUAUGGGUAAAAUACAAUCUAAAAAACAUUUUCUUGUAAGUUUACAUAUUUGGCCAAUAAAAACAUUAGGAUUUUAUUUUUUGAGUGGAGAAAAAUAAUUUUUAUUUUUUUUCUUAUUUUGAAAAAAAUACGAACAGCGGAUCCGUAAAACAAGAAAUAAAAUUGGUUUGGCCUUACUGUUUAAUACAAGGCCAUCAGGCUAUUCGUUAUUUUCUUCUCGUGUCAGUCAUUGAAUUAUAUGUAGGUAUUUGUAAAAGUCAUACAUAAUAUUUUCAGUCAAAUCAUACUUUGUUUUGAUCAUUAUUAUUGAUUAUUAUGGGUUCUUACCCUGUGUGCAAUUUCUCCCUCUACACAAGUUCACACACAGGUUUACACAUUCAGAUUGGGGUUGCCAAUGUACUUUCAUGUGUCUGUGUGUGCUGUGGGUUUAUGAUGUAUGAGCAGAUUUAGGGGUAUCGGGUACAGGGAUAUGGGGUGUGGAGAUGCAGGCGGGCCUGUACGUAUGUGUAUAUUCAACACACACUCGACUACAGGAGUAGCAGAUGGCUGCUGUUGCUGGUAGUCCAGACUGAUGCCAGUCUACUGCUUCAGCCUGCUGUUCAGUGGACAGGAUGGGGUCAUCAGCUCUUGGGCUUCUGAGUUCUCACACAUGACCAGUGUUGUGAUAGUACAGCUAGCAAAUCGUGAUUUGAGGUUCUAUAAGAAUGUGUAUGGAAGACGUGUCAGAUUUAGAGUUUUACUGGUGCCUUUCAGGAGUUACAGAUUAUAUGUCCCGAGUGAUCACAUUAUAUGAACAUUGUGUGUAAAUAGGGAUAUCACUGGACUGUAAUUACAAGCUUGGGUUCUUAAUUCAUGCAAUUGUCCAUUGUUAUUUUAAGAAAGUCAUGAAACAACUGAAAUGUCUACAAAGAAACAGCACCUAAGUCAACCUCUUGUUCUGAGGGCAUAAUUUUAUCGAUAUGUGAUAAGAUGGACAAUAGACUGAUAUAUCCAUAUGUGUAUAACAUAUUGCUUCAAGUGACCAAUCAGCUUUGACCAUGUUCAGAACUGUAAAGUCACAUAGUAGGUUAUAAGCUGUAAUUAUUUUAAGUUGAACAUACAUGUACCAGUCUUUUGACCAGAUGCUUGUCCAGUAAUUGUGAUGCCUUUCUUUCACUUCUCUGUUGAAGACAGACAUUGAUGAGAGUAAUUUGACCAGUGAAAUUGGAAAACUAGUUGAGUUGGUUCACCCAGCUCCAGAGGUGGGGAGGAUCAGAGGAUUUACAGAAUUCCCUUGUUUGUGGUGGUUAUUUUUUAAAUGAUAUCAAAACAUUUCAAGACAAUUGUAAAUUGUGAUAAAGGACCAGUAGGGGUCCACACAAGACAUUUAUAAUCAAAUGCAUGGGCAGUCCAGACGUUGGCUUUCAGAUAAUACACAUAUAAUGUUUAUCAAUCCUAACUACCCAUUUGCAGUGAAAGGAGGGUUGUAGAACUAUUACUGCGAUUGAAGUGGUGUUAAUCAGGGUUGUUGUAACUCGGCAAAGCGGUUGCUGUUUGUUGUCAUGGUAUGUGAAGUGAAGAGAUUCCAGUGUUUUAGUUGUUGCUGGGUUACAUGACAGUGUUGCAUUUCCAUGAUUGGCCUUGUUAUGGAACCACACCUAUGGUGACAUACAUGCAACAAUGCCUCAUAUCUAUAGGGAUGGCGGUUAGCAUGUCAUUCCAGUGAAUGUAGGCCAGGGGGUUGAUGUCAACAUUCUACUUAUUCCAAGAAUGUUUGGUCACAGUUAUCCGGUUAAGUUAUAUAUCCAUUCUGUUACGGUUAGUUGUUUGUUUGUUUAGUGCCAAACUCAGCAAUAUUUAAGCAAUAUCACAUUGUCCUGCUAAUAGUCAAGUCUGAGCAGGAAACCCAGUGGUUGGCGUUAUGAGCACCAAUCUACACAACUGAGAUAUGACCUGCAUCAACCAGCACAGUGAGCCUUACCACCCAAUCCUAUGACACACCCCCUACAGCAAGCAUGUGUUGCUGAACAUCAGUUCAAGCCCUGAUAUUUGUGAGGCAUUCCAUUAUGAUAUCUACCUAGGACAGUUCAUAAAUUACACCCAUGUUUGGGAAGUGAUGUUGCCAUUUCCUCUCCAUCACCUUGUCAGUAACACAAUUUGUCUGGUAAAUGAGUACAUGUAGUUGGUUUGGACAGCUGUGUCAUUUGAAUCAGACUCAAAACAAAACCAUAGCAGUGAAUGACUCUCAGGAGUUUAUCAUAGUGCAGAUGUUACACCCUGAAUGACAGGAGAUACACAAUGACCAACAGCACCAAGCUGCAGAUUUUGGUGAAAAAGCUGCCAUCCCAGUGGUAAAUACCACUAUGAAGAAGCCACAGUACUGUUAGAGUUGUAGUGUCUUGCUGAAGAAUGUAGCGCAUUGUGGUGUUUAAUAAUGUGCCCUGUUCAGUGCUAUUGGAGUGUUUUGUUUCUUUACCAGACCAAUUAACUGACAGAUUUUCUAAUUUAAUAUGAGUGACUUAAUAAUUUCAAGAACUCAAGAAUUCAGACUUGUUUUUAUUUUCAGACUAUUUCUUGAUGAUCAUGUAGUUGUUUUAUUUUUCUCAGAAAGAGCUUGGAAUUUAUGUUAGCACAGCAUUUGUUUCAGUUGAUUCAGUUGAUGGUAUAAUUUAAAAUUGACUUCAUGACUUGUUGCAAACUAUGGGUAAGUUUCAGUUUGAUGUUAUCCAUGAAUGUGUAUAAACUGUUGAUUUGGUCUGAUCGUUAUAUGCUAGAAAGUACAGUGAAGUCUGUAUGCCAUGACUUUUACCAGAGGAGUUCAGAAACAAACUUUCUCUUUCUACCAAACCACAAAUGCAUGUAGUUGUUUCUUAAUUUUCUAUUUUUUUCAAUUGAUCUUGGUCCUGUAUUAAAGUUUCAAGUUUACUGAUCGAAUUAUUUAUUUACUUUUUGUGAGAACACUGUUAAUGAGGACAUGUAUUAAUAGUCUUCGUGUGACAUGUGCUAUGGAGUUUUAGCUUGUUACCUUGUCAUAUAUCCAUGUUGAAAGUCAGCAAACUGAAAUACAUAAAGGAAAGUAAUACA